GUACAUCGCCCGUACUGUAGGACAGUUCUCUACGGAAGCCGCACCCAAUUUUUAUCACUCUAGUCGCGUAUCACUAUAAUAUAAUUUUUUUUUAUUAUUAUUAAUUCGAUAAAAAAAUAAAAAUAAAUUAAAAAGUGGAAAAAUAAAAUCGUGUCUAUAAUGUGUAGUGCACCGUCUUAGCAGAAAACUUUGUGUACAAGUUUCCUUGGUCGUGCCGCUGGGCUGUCGUUAGUGUCGAGUGCGAGUUUGUCAACCGAAAAACAUUUUGCUAGUGCGUGAGUGACGUGAAUGUGCUUUAUAGAAACAUCGGGCACUCGGCCGGACUGAAGUCAUACUUACGGAUAAGGGUAAGCCAUUAUAAAAUUAACAUUAUAUUCAUACUUCUUAGUAUUUAAAGUAGAACGUUGGGUGUUCUCCUUCGGUGAUAAGAAAACAAUCUGCUCAUAAACUUGACCAUGGUAUUUGACCACAAAACUGCCUAGUUUAGGGACAUUACUUAGUAAGAAUCUUAUGUCAUCAAAGAUCUUUGAAGUUAUCAAUAAACUUUGUGUUAACUGAUUCAUAUGAACAUAUAAAUUACUUUAAUAUACUACCUAGUAUUUAAGUUGCCUAUUGCUAAAUAUUAUGCUCUGAAAAUACCUUCAUUUUUGUUUUUCUAUACGAAUUUGAACAUUUUAAUUAAAACCAAUAGGUAACCUUAAAUGAAAAAAAAAUGUUUAUCUUCUUAAACUUGAUAUGUAAGUGUUGGUAGGGACCAGAUAGGUGCACUUAUGCAUAGGUAUCUAAUCCAUAAAAUAUUUUAUAUACCUAUUUUAUGUUAGUUCACAACUGAGGUAUAUUAGUUUUAGUUACCUACUUAUUUGAAAAGUUUAAGUUGAAAUUAUAGCGUUAUGUAAACAAAUUUUUCUUAAUCAAACACAAAAUAUCUUGUCAAUGUACAUUUAAAAUUUUUUGAAUACUUAUUAAAAAUCUAUAUUCUUCAUUUAUGUUAUAAUAAUAUUAAGUAUAGGUACCUACUAACAAAUUUAUAAUUUUAAUAGGUAUCUUUGUAAAAAAUGAUAAGUAAUAUAAUAAAUAUUUAUCUAAAUAUUAUUCUGCCAUAUUGUAAAAAAUAUCUAAAGUGAAGGUACCUAUAAGUGUUUAUAGAUUAUAAUGAUACAAUAUUUUUUAAAAAAUUAAAAAUAUUAUUCUAACAGACAAAUAUAUUAGAUAUGGCACUUAAUGGAUCUUAAUAUAUAUUUAAGUUAGUUGGUAUAUUUUAAAAUAUUAAAAUAUAAAGACAUUAUGAAUUCAAUUUGAAAAGUAUAAAAAUUAAUAUAACCAGAUCCAUACUAAACCUUUGAAUUUUUUUUUGUUGAUAGAAGUUAUCUUAGUAAAAAUUAUUUUGCUUUACAUUACCAGUAUGUUCCUAAAUAAUGUAGUUAUCUAUAAUCGAGUAAUUUAAUGUAAGUAUGAAAGCAGGUAUAAUGUAGACAUAAUGAGAGUUCCAUCAAUCAUAAGUUCAAAAUGAAAGUGAUUGUCACUUCCUUUUGUCGCAAUUGAUAUCAUCUAUUUUAUGAAUUUAUUAUAAAUAUUUAUAAAUUAUAACAUUGUAUUAUAUAUAAAAUACAUUUUAUAAUUUAAUAUGAUGACCUUUCAGUAAAUUAUUAUAAAUAAACAAAGAAUAAUUAUUCAUUAUAAAAUAACUACCUAUUUGGGAACUAAUUUAUUUUAUGAUAAUUAAGAGUAGUUGAUUAUAAGUAGAUGCCUACAUCUCAUGCAAUUUAUAAAAUAAUACACUUCUUAAUUGUAUUAAACCUGACUAAGAUUUAAUCUGUUUAAAUUAUGUUGAAUUGUAUUCAAUUUUUAUAUUUUUAAUUGAAUUAAGUAUUUAUGAAAGCCUUAUAAUAUUGUAAGAAUUUCUAUUAAAUAUUAAUUAUAUAAUAUAAGUAUGUAGGUAAUGUAGAAUAUCUAAAAAAUUAUAUAUACUAAACAAAUAUGAAUGGGUUUAUGAUUACUUAAGAUAUUUUGGAUGGAAUGUAUGUAAAAUAGUAUAAUAUGUUAAGUCUAUGGGUAAAAUAACUAGGUAAAGUAUGGGUAUUUAAAAAUGGUGCCGAUUUAAAAUUUAAUUUUUAACUUGAAAUAAUUAUAAUUUUUACAAUCACAUAUGGUUGAUUAACCUAUUUCUUGUUUUUAUAGCCUAUAUAGUAGUUGCUGGUGGUUAAUAUAAAUAUUGGUAUAUGAACACCUUAUGAAAUUUAAAACAUAUAAAAAUUAAAAUUAUUUAAGUACCUACCUAUGUAUAAUUGGUGUAAUAUAAUUUUUGAUCAAAUUGCAAUUUAUGGCUUCUAUAAUUUGAGACUACAUAAUAAAAUACUUACCUAAGAUAUCUGAUAUCUGACCUAAAAUUUAUUAUGAAAAUAACUUAGGUUUAUUUCCACUUUUGUUCUGAGCAUAUUUCUUGAUGGACUAUUUUUGAAGGUAGUUGAUGAUAUUUUCUAUAUAUUCUCUAUAUAUAUUAUUAUUAUCGCAUUUCAAUACUUUGUAAAAAUUUUUGUCAAUUUUACUUCUUGUCAAAUUAGAACAUAUUGUAGAGUUCAAUAAUAAAGAAAAUUAAUUUUUAAAAUUAUUAGUCUGAAAAUAAUUUAUAUUUAACAAAAUCAUUUUUAAGUUCCAAACAAUUCAUUAGUGAUUAAAGCUAAAUAGAUGUUUUUGUUUAAUUUUUUUGCUUAAUUAUUGCUAAAACUAUAGUUAUAUAAAACUUAACUUUAGUUGUACUAAUAUAUUAAUAUGUUUUUAUAUUGUUAUCAGUUUUGAUUUUAAUGGUAUCUAAAUAAUUUAUGUUGUGAAGUAAUGUAUUAAGGGCAUUCAAUAUGGAACGCAGAUUCCCUAUUUUAUCUAACACAUACAUAGCAUAGAAAUGUAUAAAACAAUUUUAUCAUCAGUUUGUUUGAUGCAAUGAAACGAUUUAAGUUCUGACAACAGAUUUAAAUUCUUUGUGAAAUAUACAGAAGAUUGGUCAGGCUACUUUUUUCAAUUUUUUUUUUAGUUUAUUUAAUAUAUUUUUAUAAAUUUUUGGAAAUUAAAAACUAAAAUUCAAAAAAGUGGCCUGGCUGAUUUCAUGAACACUUCAUGCUGAAUAUAAAUCUAUUUUCAAAACUCUUACCACUUCACUAUAAUAUAUCUACAUCAAUAGGCAAACUAUUCAUCUAAAUUGCUUUGAUGUGUGUUUGUUAAAUAAAGACAGAUAAGAAAAAUUGUUUCAAAUCCCUUAAGUUUAAGUUACUGUUUUAAUUGUUUAUUUUUUAAAAUUAAAAAUUGAAAUCAUGUUGUUGAUUUUAAUCUAUUAAAAUAUCAAAAUAACAACAAUUGUUCAAGUGGUUAGUUACCUAAUACUCAAAAAUAAAUGUAAAUGUAUAUAUAGUAUAUGUACACCUAUCAUGUAUAAAAUAUACUUUCCUUACCUACUUAGAUAUAUUUUAUAGGUACCUAUAUUUAUUUAAUUUUUAAACAUGUAAUAAUUAGUCUCGAGUAGGUAUACAAACAAAAAUACAAUUAGGUACAUAAGUGGAAAUAUAAUAGGUAUAUUAUCAUUGUCCAUUAACAAUAAUUACUAUUUAUUUACAUUCUAUGAGUUCUAUGAAUUUUACUAUAGUUUUUAUAAUCAUUAAUAAUAUAAUAUACUAGUUAUCAUUAUCAGAUGUUGUCCAAGAUUUAUAACAACCAUAAAGUAGAAUUAAUUUAUCCAAUAAAAACUAAAACAAAAAUGUCAUAAACAGAUAAAAAAAUAAAUCAAAGUACAUAUAGAUAUUACGGAAAUGGUUAUGUAGGUACCAUAGUCCAUAUGUAAACAUCAUAUUUUAUAGUUUUAUACAGAAUGUUUCAUUGUCUUUCUCAAUGCUAAUAUCACUUUUAAUUUUCAUAUUUUUUAUCGGAUUUUAUAUCAGAGGGACAUAAUAUACAGUGAUCAAUUCUCGAUAAGACACUUAUUAUCUCGGAAAGUAUAUACUUUUUUAGAAUCUAUUUCACUUUAAGUGAUUUAUAAUAGAUAUUUUUUUACAAAUAUUUAUCUUGCAUACAUACAUAUAUGUCAUGAUGAAUAUUUUCUUAAUAUUAGCUUUUUUUAUCUCUGAAGAGAAUUAAAACAAUUUUAUUAAAUAGAUUACUCCAACAUUUUUGAGAUAGGAAAUCAUAAUCACAGCACUAUAAUACAAGUAAUUUAUACCUUUUCUCUAGAAAUUAAAACAGAUAUUACUAAGAGACUAUUUAAGUACCCAUCUAAUAUGUAUGUAUAAUAUAUUGAAAUGUUUUGAAUAAUAUUUAGUGAUAGUAUAUUGAAACAAUUUGGAAUAAUGAACAAAUAAUAAGUUAUUUAUUUAUGGUUAUUAUGGGGCAGAAAUAAAAAUUGAAGUUUCCUUUAUUUAUAGUGUCCUCUUGGUACAAGAUACAAUUUAAAAAAUUAACAAAUUUUAAUAAAUAUAAAUAUAAUAUCACCACUGGAAAACACAGUUGGACAUCGCAUGUAUUAAUAAGUUCCUACAUAUAAUUUUUGAAAGGGGUAAAGCCAAUACACAAUAUUAUGUUUAUUAUAUUAGGUAGGUUCUACAAGAACAUUCUAGCUUUUAUAUUUCUAUAUUUUCUCAAACAUUUUUCCAAUUGUUUUUUUUUAAUAUCAUACAAAUUUAGUUCUUUUUAUUACACAGUUUUUUUCCUAAGAUGUUUAAGUUAUUUAAUGUAAAUUGUAUUGUUUGUUUCCCAAAAACAAAAUAACUAAUUCAAUAAUAGGUGUAUUCCAGUUAAUUUUACUUAUUUUGGUGCGGUAAGCGCUCAUGUAGGAACUUUAGGCAACAUAUUAUACCAUGUAGUUCUCAUUUUUUUAAAAUAAAAGUUUUCCUUUCUCUUCAGAUUUAUCUUGUAAUAGUUUUAUCUCUUAAAAAUUUGAUCUGAAACCACAUGAAAUACUUUUAAGAAAUGUAUAAACCUAUCUAUUACAAAAGAAAAAAAAAUGAACAUUGUUCAUUAGUACAAAAUUCUUAUUAUUUUUAUUAAAUACAAGUUGAUUUACUAAAACUAUAUACAUAUAAAUAUAAUAAUUUAAUAGUUUAAACCAUUAAUAAAGUAUAAUAGCUCUAUCUAAUUUGUAUUUGAUGGUUUUGGUUUUCUAAGUGAGUUGGGCUUAAAAAAUUUGUUUUUUGUCUACUAAUACGAUUUCGAAAACAGUUAGACUUCAAUCAUUAUGGGAGAUUUCUAGUAGAAUUUGAGUCUAGUUAGUGCAUUGAGUAGGUCUGUUAAAUUUAAAUUCCUUGUACUUUUAUUAAUAAUAGGAUUGAGAGGGAGAAAAACGAGGAAAAGGGAAUAAAACAAUUUAAAGAAACUCUGUUUUGACAAAAUCGAUGUUACAAAAUCAAAAUCGAUAACCAAAUACUUAUUGUUAGCAUUGUAGAUAUGGUUUAAUUUUCAAAAUAUUUGAAUCUUUGAGUUAUUUAUAUCUAUAGGUAUAAAAUUGUUCAGUUUUUUCGAUUUAUGUGGAUAAAAUUUUUUGGUCCCGUAAAAAUGUUCGAAAGUGUUUGAUACAAGAUUCAUCAUAAGUUAUUUUUACUGUUAGAAACAAAGUUGAGUUUAAUUUCACUUUUUUUAUUUACAACUUUUUGACAAAAUGCAUAAAAAAACACUUGUUAGCAAUGAUUUACUAUCGUUACGUACAUAAAUUAAGUAUAUAAAUUAAGUUACUCUUUGUAUCUUAUUUUUCCAACUUUCUACCUACAACAGGGGUUCAUGUAUUUGUACACCAUUGUAUCUUGUAUGAGGUGUAUAGCAAUGAUGUAUAAAACACUCGCUAUGUUCUGAUGUGUUGUUUGCUUUCCCCAUUUAGAAAUCUUGGCUUCGCAAGAAAAUUAAUAAUAACGCAAUCUAGAAAAUUUCAAUUUAAGAUCUAUAUUUACCACGAUGUAACUAUCAAAAUAUAUUAACUAAUCAUGAAUAAUUUGCAAAUAAUUUUGUUUUUAAAAAAAGGGGUCAAUAUUUUUAAGAUUUAAAUAAAUAGAUAGGCAGUAUUGUUUUCAAUAUAAUCAUACAGUUGCAUGGCAAUAACUUGUAAGUUCGGAACUUAUACCACUUAAAAUGUUUAAACAAUUUCAUUAUAGUCUAUAAAAAAUAAAUUUUCAGAUUUCGUAUUAAAACUUUUGAAACUUUUCAAAAUUAUUCUCAAUGGCGUCUGACACUAUCCAUAAUUAAUAUGACAAAAUCAAGAAAAUAAAAUUUGAUUAUUAGAAUACAAAGGAAAAAUUAUUUAAAAAUUGUAGGACGUGAAAUCUGGAUUUUGUGAGUGGCUUGCCGCUUACGUAAUCACAAAAUAGAAAAUAUGCAAAACAACCAGGAAAAAUUAGUAAAAAAUAUUUUUAAAUAAGGCUAUCAAAAUAAGCAAAGAAUAGUACUUUAAAAUUUAAUAUUUGAACUCGUAACAUAACAUGCAUUUCUAUAACACUGUUGGAUUGAGCACAUUAAACAAAGUUUGUUUAAUGCAUCAAAAUGUACUCAUUUAUUGAGAAAAAUUUUUAAUGUUCUGAAGUCAUGAAUUCUACUUAUAACUUAUGAGUAUUGGUUUUAAUAAAUUGAACUUCAAUAAAGUAUUAAUCCGAUGUAUUAAUUGAUUGAAUCAAUUUAAAAAAAAUUAAAUUUAAGUCAUUUAAGAGGAAGUCAGCGUUUUUUUUUAAAUUUAAAAUCGUUAAAUCUUUGAACGAGUGCGAUUAAACCUUAAACAACAGCUCAUGAUAAAAUUAAAGAUUAAUAAAUUAUUAUAUUAAUAGUAUAAAAGUUGCCAGACUGUUUUGAAAAGUUAACCACGUUAAUAGAAAAUUAAUAUAAGUAUUAUGUUGAAAUUUCAGACCUCAACUAUUAUUUUAAACAGACUUAUGAUAUAAAUAUAAAAAUCGAAAAUAAUGAUACUAUAACUGUACGAUUUCCCGUUUUUCAGUAUUUUCGUAAUUAUUAUAGAAACUACGAGAAAAAUCAAAAAAUGUCUUCCUCUAUUUACCAAUAAGAUCCAAAAUUCAACAUAAAAUGCCUCAUGGUAUUUUUUGAAAGGAUCAAGAUUUGCUGAAGAUAAUUUGUUCAGAUAGAAAAGCAAGAUUUUAUUUUGAAAAGUUGUUUACAGAUUGAAAAAAAUAACGUUAUGCUCCGAAUCUACAAUACACUAAAAACGAUAUCGAACAAUAUUUUUAAUUUAAAUAACAACUAUUAGGUAUCUACCUACAAUGAAAAGAUAGGUAAUCGGUAAACAAAUUAUGUUUGUUUGUAUAAUUUAGGUAUGCAUAUUGUUUAUGCUGAAACAUAUUUAUGUGGCAGACCUUCCAGUUUCAUAUUUUCUCCAAUUGUUUUAUGGCCGAGAGGUCGGUAGUAGUAGGUGUUCUCGUAAUCAGGAGCGUUCGCCGCCCUCUCUUAGGUUUUGUUAAUGGUGGGGAGUCCGAUCAAUCUAAAAGCUCAUGCGUGUUGUGCACGUCAAGGCGCGCUUGAAUCGGCAGUUGUGUCGGUAGCCGGCUUUUUUUUAAAGCUGUUAAAUAUAUCAAUGAGAAUAUGUUCAGCGUACAAACUAGAUUUCAUAGAACACCUAAAACUAACAAUUUAAUGUUCUUAUCCUCGUACUACUCUGUUGAUUGCUGAAUGUUCAUUGUGAUCUUUACCUCUUUUACAAAUAAUUAUUUUAUCAUUUCGAAUUGGCUCAUUUCAUUUUAAGUCGUUUUUAGAUUCUGAGUGAAGUGAGAAAUUUAUUGGUUUUACAAUGAUGAUUAUUUUUUAGUAUUUCUGUUUUUCUGUGAACAAUUUUUCUACCAGAUAUUUCUCUCGGAUUUUUAAUUGUAGCACAUUUUGUGACAGAGAAUUUGACUGGGGUAGUACUUUAGGAAGGUAGUUUUUUGAUUUUCCCAGAAGUUUUCAUAAUAAGUUAGAAAAAUUGAGAACAUUUUUUAGAAAAAAACGAGAAAAUUUACGAAACAUAUUUUCCAAUCAUAAAUAUUAGGGCCUUUCAAAACAACGUGUAUAACUAAAAUCCGCUCAGAAUCAUUUUUUGUUAAUAAAGAUUAAUCGUUUAGUACAGGUAUACAUUCAAUUUCCCUCAAUACCCUAACUUCCCAACCUAACCUCACCAACAAUAAUGGUUUAACGUGUGAAGUAUAUCCGUAUCUUUGCUAUCUUCUUCUUUUCUAUCUUAUGUCCGUAUCUAUAUCAACAAUAUAUGAAAUAAUGUCUUGGAUAAAUUUAAAACAUUUUAAAAUAAUUCUUUGUGUGAUAUUUAAUAAAAUAUCAGAUAGUAGUUAAUAUAGUAAAUAAUUUGAUGUAGUAUCCAUCAGUUUAGUACUAACCGGUUUAUUGAUUCUACUCUCUAAAAUUGAAUAAUUUUCAUGUGGUGAUUCAAUAAUGUAUUAACAAUAUUUUAUAAAAAGCUUGGACUAGAUGUAGACAAGUCUGCUUGUGGGGUUGUCAUUAUAUUCACCGCGGCUUCUAUGAGUACUAAAAAAAAGUCUUCAAGUGGUUUUGGCUAAUUUUAUACUUCAAUGAAUAAGACAGAACACCUUUCCUUGAAUAAACAUUAAACAAGUUUAAUGCGUUUUUUAGCCCAAAAACGAAACCUAUAAAUCCUGUUAUUCUUUUUGAAUUUAUAAUUAGUGUACCAUCUUGUAAAUAAAUGUAAGCAAUAUAUUAUGACCUAUGUAUUAGGUAUAGGUGUAAUAGUUACAUCAAUACAUGUUACAAAUAAAACUAUAAAUCCAUAUUCAAAUUAUUUAAUAAGUUUUUAAUACGUACUUAAUUAAUUAAAAUUCCUGAAUCACUGCUAUCAUUUACUGAACUAAGUGAAGUGAUACAAAUGUUCAAGAUUUAAUAUUAGUAUUUAAUUUUUUCUUUUACAUUUUUAAUUAUAUAUAAGCUAUAUUGUUAAAUGGGUACAAUUUUUUUUUCUUUUAUCAUCAGAAAAUAAUCACAUUAAACAAACCAUUUUUAUGUUUAGUUAUCAGUUUAAAUGCGAAACUUUACUUGAAGAAAUUAUUAUUUUAAUCGGGUUUUUACCUUUUUUAAGUUUUUCGCUUUUAUAGGUGUAUCGAACUGAGAAAUUUGGAAAAUGACCUUUCUAAAGUAUUAUUAUUAUCUAAAGUGUAACCAUUUGUGUUCAAUUAUCUGCAAAAGUUGUUGUUGUAAACUAUGAUCAUGUUUUUUUUUGUUCCGAAAGUGUCAACCAAAAAUGAUUGAAAAAGUUAUUAUUAUAUUACUAUUAAUUCUCUUAAUCAGCUCAGAAUCUAAAGUAUUAUGUCUCCUUAUAAAAAUUAUAUUUAUAUUUUUUAAAUAGUUUCAAUAUUUAAUUUAAAUAUUUUUAAUGGAUAUUUAAAACGCAGUUUCUAAUUGUUUUUCUCGUUUUCUUCUAUAAAGAUAUUUACAAGUGGUAUUUACAUCAAGUACAGGUGUUUUAAACACUUAAAACACGCUUAAGGUAUAGAAUUAUACCGACAAAGAUCUACACAUUAUUAUUUGUGUAAUUAUACACUGAUAUUUUUUUAAAAAAACGUACCUAUAUGGGAACAUUUACUUAAAUUUUGAUAUUUUAAUAUUUUCUCUCUUUGAACACAUUUUCGAUCAGAGAAUCCAAUUGCAUGAAUAGCAGGUGACGUUUUUGGUAGCUUUUUGGAUCUAGUUGAGAUCAUUUUUGAAAUUUCUUGUAAAAAAAUGAAAAAAAAAAUAUAAUCAGGAAAAUUGGUUUUUUGCUGAAUCAAUUUUUUUAAUCCAACAUAUUUACCAAAUUUAGGUAAUUAUAAUUUUCACAGAUUAUUAGCAUUUUCUACAGAUGGCAUAAACCGCAUUUACUGUCUCAUUGUCUAACGUACGGGCAACAUAGUUUAAUAUUGUAAAACUCUAAAUUUAAAUAAUUAUUAUGUUUAGGCUGAAAUUCGAAUUUAAACACAAAUAAUAAUAUUUUAAGAUGAGAAUAUUUUCGUAAGCAUUUCCAGGGUUUUAAAAAAAAAAUUCUGUCACAAAGUUACAGUCAUAUGAGUUUUUGCUUAUGUAACUUUUUUGAUUGAUAAUAUUUCAGAAAAAUAGCCCCGGAUUUUAUUGAAAAUAUUAUUUUCAUUAAAAUAUUGUUGUUUGUGUUUAAACUAUUUUUCAACCUACGUACUCCAUAAUCUAAAUUUUGAGUAACUUCAUUUUAGUUCAAUACUCAUAAAGCCAUAAAUUAACAUACAUUUCUAUACAAAAUAUUAUCCAUAUAUAUAUAUAUAUAUAUAUAUAUUUAUUGUAUGUUCAAAAAUUAAAUCUUACUGUUGAUUAAUGUUUUUGUAAAUUUAUAUUUUUAAUUCAUCUUUUUCUAUUAAUUUGUUAAAUGGUUUUGGGGUUAAUUGUAUGUUAUAACUUUCGAAUAAAUUAACUUGGUUCAAUUAACUUUUAAUUUUAUAUUUAAAAGAAAUUAAAAUGCCUCGACAAAUAUAUGAAUGAGGUGUAAAGUUCAUUGUUGUGUUGUAAGAAUGAAAUACUUCAAGUCACUCCGAGACCCAUUAAAACUGAAGACUAUUUAUAAUAAUUUUUCUUUAUUAAAAACAGUAUUGUUUUUAUUUCAUUAUUUUAUUUGUUGGUGUAUUAAAUCGUAAUGCAAUUAUUUGUAUAAAUCUUUUUCUUUGUAAUCUAAAUACAUUUCAGGGAAUCUGCAAUAUCUCAAACACUAAAAUAAGACUUAUAUAAUGGUAUAAAGCUAUUUUUACAAAUUAUUUGUUUUGUUUUGUUUUUUUAUAUGAUAUAUAGAAGUCUUAGAUUUUAUUUUUAAUCAUUUAAAUAAUAAAAGGCUGCAAUUUAUUUCAGAAUAAAUCAUGCUCUUAAUGACAUUUUUUUUUCACACUUCUUAUCAAAGCAAUAUUAUGAUUAUUGUUGUUUUUUGUUUAUUUAAAAACAUUUUAAGACACAUUAUACAUUCUAAUUGUCUAUAACCGACAUAACAAAAUAAUAUACAACCAUAUGAGUAUAAUUAAUACGACUAGUGACUAUAUGUAGUAUAAUAUAGUCUGUAAUGUUUAUAAUAUCACCUUUGGCGUUGUGCAGUGUACCUCGGUUAAACUGCGUUUAGUAGUGACGUACUUUAAAUACCAUUUAGACUUUUCAAUAUUUGUUUGUUUACUAAGUACUAGUUUUGAAACUUAUAAUUCUCGUAUAAAAUAUAUCAAUCAAACUGUUUAUAAAUUGUUUUUAUACAUAUUUUGUAUAUAAUAUAUAUCUAUAAACACAGGGUGAUUUUUUAGCAUAUUCAUCAAAUUCUGAUUUUUGGAAUUUUUAAAGGUAGUAAAAGACGAUAUUUUCUCAUAUUUAGAGUUUUAACAACAUUUAAGGAGUAUUUUGUAACAUUACCAAUCUUACUUUUUCAAAUGAGAAUCUAAAUAUUUUAAUAUUAUUUUUCUGAAAAUGUUGAUGUACUGUAAAUUGUAAUCGAAAUCUGAACAAAAAACUUUUGAUUUAUUCUAUUCUAAAUACUAAAAAUAAAAUCGGCUUUUUGAUAACAGAACGAUUCAAAAUAAUAAAUUGUUUACUCCAUACGUUUCGUAUGAAAAAGGUCGGUAUUUAAUCCCCGUAAAAGGCCAUAAUAGAUUAAUUUCAGUAUUUAAAGUUGAAUAACUCAAACAUUUUUCGUUCAAAUUUCGAUUAUACAAUACGUAAACAAUUUCAGCCAAAUCAUCUGUUUGACGAUUUGACUAUUAAAAACGAUUCUCAUUAGAAAAACCAAAGUAAUUGGUAUUCCCACAGAAUACUCCUUAAAUGCUGUAAAAAAAUCAAAAAGUGCCUAUAAAUGCAAAAAUAUUGUCUUUUACUAGACUUAAGAAUUCGAAAAAUCAUAAUUUGAACGUAUGCAUAUAAUUUAAUCAUAAAAAUGGGGUGAGCGUGUUUAAAAAAAAUCACCCUGUACAUGUGCGUAUAUAUAUAAUAUAGCCUUUAUGUAUACGGCAGUGGAAACGUAGAAUGAAUGGCGAAAGUGGGGAGAGGGUAUUAUGAAUGCGAGUAUGAUCGGCGGCGCUGCGAAAGCCUUUCCUAAAGCCCUAGCGUGCUGCGACGGAACUUUACAUCCGCGCCGCGUUACAGGCAGUCAGUACGGUAUUGGGCGUGGUUCGCAUAGGAAUGAAUACAACGGCGACCGAACGCAGUAUUUUUUGUUAAUUUUUUUUUCUACUUUCCCACUGCAACAUUCGCCUUUUUUAAACAUAUCGUUUUCAGCAUAUUACCAUUCACGCUAAAUCUGUUGGUUUAAUUUUAUCCGUUUUAACAAAAUUCGACGUCCAACGGUGUAUAAAUAUAUGUUUGUAAUAUUUUUUUUUUUGUAAUUCGUUCGUUUAUCACAUAAAAGUACGACAAUGCUGAAUGGGCCGGUCUCGCAUGCCGAUAGUAGUGCGUUUCCAGUUGUUUUCGCGAGAUAAAACGCCAUCAAUUUGUCAGUUUCGAUACUAAAUUUGCUCCGAAAACGAUGUCUAACGACCGAUAAUAAAACGGGCGUCCUGCCUGUUUUCAUCCUGCUGCUCAACCUGACGGAUACAUUCAUGUCUUGACCUUAAACAUUUGGUUACAUCUUUAGGUGAGUAUCGACAGGAAAUACUGUAUUAAUAUACCAUACUCUAAUAAUUCAGCCUACGUUUUUGUUUUGUAUUGUAAAAUUCAGUUUUUACUUUUAUUCCAAAUAUUUACAAUACCGCGUCGUAAUAAAGAACACAUCAGCUUUCGCGUUUCAAAUACAUCUGCUUAAACUAUACUAAAAUUAAGAGACUUUCAAUAUUUAAUCAUAAAAUUAUGUUUAAGUGUAUGUUAUUAUUAUGAUUUAUUUUGUAUGGUUUUUCUAUUUAUACAUCCGCUCGGUUAAUUUCACGAUUAGGUAUUUAUUUUUUAAACCAAACAAUUAUUUUAAAUCUCGAUUUAACUCUUUACACUUUAUUGUUUUAGAUUUUGACGGAACGAGGAAUAUAUUUCAUAUUGAUCUAUGGUUUUAUAUUUUAAUAUAGAUACCUAGUAAGUAACAUUUCAUAAAUCAUUUUUAUUGAUUCUCCCCAUUGUACAAUUUGAAAUAAUCAUUAAGUUCGGUAAAUUUGUAAUUUUCAUUCCAUUCUCUCAGUUUUUGAGAAUAGUACAGAUAUUAAUUUUUCUGAAAAUCUGAGUCGAUUUUUUGAUACAUCUAAAAAUACAUAGAUAUAGGUAUUAUAUAUAUAUAUUUAUGGUUAUUAGAUAAUUUACAUCUAAGUAUAUUAUUUAUUCAUUUAUCAUUGCUAUUGUCUAUCAUCGGUUAGCUCAAUGAAUUAUAAUUCAUCAUUGUAGAUAGUGUAACGUUUAUAUUAAAUAAUAUAGGUAAUAAAUCGUUACUUAUACUUUCAUGCAGAGAUCGUUCUAAGAUUCCAUUAUAGGUAAGGUAAGGUAUACGUACAAGUAAUACAAAUAGAUAGUUUAUUAUUUAUAUCGUAAACAAAUCGCCUUAUAUCAUAUUCAUAUAUUGAUAAAUGAUAACUAUAUUAUAAUAGUAUGAUAGAUAAAAAAUUAAAACAAAAUAUGUUUUAUACUAUUGCUAUUUGAAUUAACGGUAAGUUUUUUUAUUUUGAAUACUUGUAUUAAGGACUUUUAUAAUAAUAAUACAAUCUUAUAAUUUAUGAUUUUGUUUUUUUGUUUUUUUUUGUUUUUAUGAAUGUUUCACGAUGGUGUAAGAUAUUUAUUAUAACUGGGUAUAGUAACAUUUUUUAAAAGCCUAUUGGUGGGUCAAAAUUAGGUUUAAGUUUCGCAUUGGUGAUCAUUCAUACAGAAUCAAUUGCCUGCGGCUAUGGAGAAUAUAAUACUAUGGUGUGCUGUACCUAAAAGAAAAAAAAUCGUUUUAAAACGAAGCCUGUUUUACGUUCAGAGAUACGGCUACGAAAAUCUGGUGUGUGGUGUUCGCACUACGCACAAUUUUUAGCACAGCAUUACACGGCAUUUACGUGUAUUUGUGAAUGGGUCGCGAUAAUUCAUAGAGUAUCCGAGUAUAUCUGUAUUCAGGCAUACUCUUACGACCAUGGUUUCCGUAAUAAAAUUAUGAUUUAAAGAGUCUACGCGUGCGUGUAUAGUAAUAUGCAUUCGUAUGUCCAUAUUUUAUUGGAUUGUUGACUGCUAAAGUUGCGUUCAGUUUACAAAAGUCGAGACAAAAGGUAUAAAUCGUGAUGGGAUUUCUCGUAUUUUUCCACAGGCGGUAACAUUUUACGCGUAAAUCCCGCGCGGUGUAGGUCAUUACACCCUCGGUUUUUCUUUCCUUUUUUUUUUUUUUAUUUACUCAAACCGCGGUCGAAAAUCCUAAUCGUUUUCGCUUCUAAAAACCAUUGCGCAGGGACAUUCGACUGCGGUACACGCGUUCUCUGUAACGCGAGGGUGAUGGAGAGGAACUGGGGGAGGGUGUAAAAAGGUCGUGUCCGAGUAAUACGCGCGUCGUUCGUGUUCCCGGUAAUGAUCCGUCGCCCAUAUUAUUGUAAAGGUCAUUCGUGAACGGCGACACGGGACAAUCCAGAUGAAACAAAAAGUUAGCGUAUAGUCUACUCUAGGUAGCUAUGUCGUUUUCCGUUGUCGGGUCGGUGCUUUUGAACAUUAUAACAAUAUCAUUUGUGCCGGCCCGCGCUCUACCGCACAUCAGCGUAACGCGUAACGCCCGAAACCGCGUCGAAUCCUCUUUCUCGCUCGUGCGAUAUCCGAGACAUCAUCGUCGUCGUAUAUCGCUUCAUAUAUUUCGCCCGUCAUUCUUAUUAUUAUUAUUGUUCGUCCGGUCCGACGACGAUGAACGGGGUGUCAUCAUUCAUUUCCCCGUUGUCAAAGGCGUUGUCGAACGGCGGCCGUGGCAGCACCGGCGGAGAUGAUAGAGAAAAUACAACGCCGCCGCCACCGCCACCGCCACCGCCACCGACACCGCCGCGCCGUAUCGCCUUCACGCACGCCGCCGGAGGAAACGGCGGUCGGUCGCCACGGCAACACCCGCGCCCCACCGGUAACGUUGACCUUUGGCACGCGCGGUAUACGCACGAUUGUGUAUACUAUAACACGGUACAUAGUACUAUAUAAUGUAUACUCGGGCCACCGAGAAAAAAUAUGAUGAUCACACGCGCCGGCUUAUACGGGAGUGGCCCCUAAAUUCUUCCUAAAUAUUAUCGUACGAAGUCCGAAAUUCGUAGUAUGAUUCUCUCGAAAAUCGAUCGACGAUCGUUUUCAUCGGGAACAUGUUUAUCGGAUAAACGUAAUAUUUCCAUAGGAAAAAUAAUUUUCUAUUGACAAUAGUCUGAGUGGUUUUUCGUAAUAUACUCAACAGACCAGUGAUAUUUUCCAUCGAGGUCCGACGAAGUAAUAGCUCGCGAAAUGAAUGAGAGAGUGAGUGAGUGAGUGAGUGAGUGAGUGAGUGUGUGUGUGUGUGUGUAAAGUUCCGUAGAAGUUCUAAUUCGUAACGUUACGUGUAGUAUUUACGGGUCGUUAUUACAAUUAGCUGGUUGGUUACACGCCGAGAGAAUAUUAUUUGUCGGGAAAUAUGUUUUCUUCGACAAAAAUUAGGAGACUCGUAAUUCACAUUAGAGCUAAGAAACGGCCGGACGCUUUUGGAUAGGCCGCGGAAUUGGACGUAUUUAUCAUACUAGUGCUUACGAUAUCCUCGUUGAAUAUGCCAAAAACGUGUAUUAUAACAUGUAUCUAACCUACUUUGGAUUUUAAGGAAUAAACUUCUACACUACUGCAACAAACAAAAUGCACCGACUUGACAAACGUUUAUAUGUUUUAUAUACGAAUAGUAAUAUAUUGUAUCUCACCACUAUUAGUCACUAGUACAGUAGACGUACACAAAAGUUUUAUUUUUGUAUCAGUUUGGAAUAAAUAAAGUUAUAAAUGUCCCGCGACCAUAUGGCCAAUGUAAAAGAAAAAAGAAAAAGAAAUACUGCUGGUAUUAGUUUGACGCGCGUGUUCGGGAGAGAAUGUCAUUCAGUUUUAAAUAGUAUAGUCUCGCCUUGUAAACCAUAAAAAUACAAAGCAUAUAGAGUUUCAUCCUUAAUUCAACUCGUAUAAAUAUAUCAAGUGUAUUGCAAUAUUGUGUUGGUCUGUUGUUUUACUUGGUCCUGUCUGCAAUUUUACCAUAAUAGCAAUAAUGGCCGACGUCGAAUUUUGGCAAACCAUAAACGAAAAUCACUACAACAAAGUACACUACUAUACGCCUAUCAAAUUCGGCACAUUUUAUAUUAUUUACUUUCGAGUAGUCAUUUUUACAACUACGGCAGUUUUAAAGCAAUUCCUCGAACGUUUUGUAUAUGAUCCAAUAUCGUAUAAAUUACUUAUGACUUCAUAAUGUUAUACGUUCUAUUAUAUUAUUUAUGAUAAUUAUGUGGUUCAACGUCGUUGCAAAAUUUAUAUUCCGAUUCUAAAACGCUUUAUAUCGAUAUUUUAUUUGUAACGUUUUGUAACUGUUAACAGUGCAAACGAUGUGUGUUAUAGUGUUAAUUGACAUUCAGUCGUGAAUACGGGUGCCAUAUUUCAAAUGGAGAUGUAUAUUUUCUAUUGUGUGUGUCAGAAAUAUUAUUAAAAAAAUGAUAAAAUACAUUUUAUCUAUCCUAAGGUAGCCAUAUACACUGUACAUUAGUUGUGACGAAUGAAUACAUAUUUAUGUUAGAGAUGAAGCGUAAAGAAAAUUGUAAUUUCCAUAACAGUAGUUAUACACAGAAUUUACCUUUUUCGAUAAUCGAUACUCAACCCGACUCACAGAUAAUAUAGUUUACAAUUAGUUGCACUAUUAAAAUAUAAAAUACAGAAAUGCAAUAUUAGUGAUUCAUAAAGAUACAAUAUUUGUGUAAGAAAUUAAUUUAUACAAUGACUAAACUUCAAAGAAACGUUCAAAUUUAAAAUAAUAAUACUAAACACGUAAUAAAAUUACAAAAAAAAAAAAUGAAAACUUGAUAACAAAAACGUUUCUAAUUUUGAUCGUAAAAUACGUAGGUAUUUACAUUAGUAAAUUUAUUAUAAAUUCUGGUAUUACUAGUCUGCACAUCUUAAUUUUUUGUUUUACGAUUUUGACAUAUUACUAAUAUGCAUUUAUUCAGAUAUUUAAAUAUCCUUGUGGGAAGGGUUCAGAAUACACUCACGGUAUUUCUCCAUGUCAUAGGAGGCGAUAAAUAGGAUUUGCGUCAAUUCGACAGUCUGUAUAAAAUGUUGUCACAGAAUGAGUAGUCCAAACAAGGUUAUUUUGCCCAACCCCGAAUAGUCGGGAUGGAGGUCGAGAAGAAAAAGACUGUUUAAUAAUAUGAUAGAAAUAUUAGAUCCCAGAAAUUUCAAUUCCAAAUUAAUAUCUAUAGUCGAUUAGAUUUUUUUAAUCUAACGAAAGUCAAUUUUAAACGACAAAAUGUGUGUAUCGUUUUUAUUAUCAUUUAACACAAAUAAUUAUGUUUGUUUAAAAGGUGAAUUAUAAAAAAAAAAAAAAAAAUGAAUAAAUAAAUAGAUAAAUGACUAAUAUUUGUUGACGUUCGAAGAAUAUUGUUGUAUACACUUGAUAAUUCUCUUUUGACGAAUGUCUAUGCAACUCGACACAUACGUAUUAUUUUAUUAUAUUUAGUUUUGGCUGUGGUCGUGGUGGUGGAUACCACCGCAUUACUGUUAUAAUAAUGCAUAACCCGCAUUAUAGGUCUGUAGAUAUACCGAUUUUAUAAUUAAACCCCCCUGUAUAUUACAAGUUUGUGAUCGAGACAGAAAAAAAAGUGAUAAAAUUUUGCAUAAUAUUCUUUGGGCUGGUGCGCUCGUGGCAUAGAACGCAUGUGCGUGCGUGUACACGCGGACACACGAGCACGUAAUGCCGUCGAUGCCGGCCGGCGGCGAGCUGGGUAAAAUGAGCACGCGGCUCUCUGCCCCGAUGAUCGAUCGGCUUCGCGCUUGCGCUUUACGCCCCUCGCUGCAGAAUGCGUGCGUUAAUCGUGCACCGCCACGGGUUUAGUUUUCGCCCUUUUUAUUUCAUUAUUACUUUUUUUUUUUUCCACAUUUAUUAUUAUUAUUUUUUUUUCCUAUAUACACUUUAUAUACCACAGCCCUCUGCUAGUGCAACGAAAAAUUAAUUGUAUUAUUAUAUUAUUAUGUAAUGGCCAGAAACACUGACUUUCAGACAGGUCAUUCGUGACCCCGUCGUGCACGCAUUAUCCACCGGGACUGCCACCGCCAUUCCAGUCGGCCACCGUUGACCAAACCGCCUUGUACUAUACCUACCUAUAUAAUAUUAUUUAUUAUUAUUAUUAUUUUUUUUUUUCUGAGUUAGUUAUUACCCGCUAUAAUAAUAAUAUUAUAACCUUAUAUACCACAAGGGAUUCGUCGGGAAAACGCACCUAUUCCUACGUAGUUUUAUUAAUUUAAAAUUUUUUGAUUAAAGUAUAGUAUUCUAUUUUUCGAUUUAUUUCUGAUGUGUACAUUGCGAUCGUAAUUUAGUUUUUCGAAAUUUUUCAAAGUAACUACCCAUCUGUACUCCUCAAAUCCGUCCUUAUAUUGUUUAUUCGUCAAUAGUUAUUUAUUGAAACAUUGAUAAGAAUUGAAAAUAAGGUCCUAUUGAUAUUAAAAAAAAGUUUCAUAAUUCGCAUAGAAACAACAUGAAAAAUAAAUUUCACUUUCAGAGAUGAAAAAAAGCCCAUACAUUUUUUUUUUCAUUUCUACUGUCAAAUAGUAAAAACUAGAUUUGAGCCUUGUUUCUUGUCGGUGUUUCAAUUGUAAUAGCCUCUUGUAUCAAAUGAUGUGAUCAAUAUGUGAAUAUUGAUUAUUUCAGCUACUUCAGUAUACAUUUAAAUUUACUAUUAAAAAUGUGAAUAUUUGAUUAAAAUUGAGGAAAUUAAAAUUUAUCUAUUUAUCUACAAUUUUUUUUAUAAUAAUUUAAUAUCAUACAUUUAUAUGCAUUUUAAAUAAAACAAUUUUAAGUGUUAAAUUUGAACUAUUUAUUUGCUAUAAUAUUAUCAUAACAAUAUACUAUUAGACUAAAUAGGAGUACAUAAUAUUAUUAUGUUGUUAAUUUAUACAAUAUCUAUUUAUAAACAAUAGUAUUAUUAUCCUAAUUUAUCUGUUUGUUUAAAGUGUCUUGUUGUAAAGAUAAGAAGUAAUUCAUUCAGUAAAAAUAUUAGAUUUACAUAAUCAGAAAUGGGUAUACCUAGUAUUGUUUCUAUUAUUGAAUGCACAGUGAUUAUAAUAUUUAAAUGAUUAAUAUGAAAGGUUUAUUUAUAAAAGAAAUUAGUAAUUUAUUGUCGAGUCGUUCUCGUGUCAAAAUUUGUCAAGCAUUGAAAAACUAGACACGCGGAAUGAUGAACUCAUUGGUAAUUGACGUCACGCAUCCGUAUUUUGUUCCCACCCUAACCCAUUAUCAUGUCUGCUGGAAUGUAUUCAUAAAUUGCGUGGUCUAUUGACGGAAGUCAAUUUCGCUAGUAGUUAAUGCUACCCUUCUCUCUUCAUCCUGUCAGCUAACCGUGUUGAUAGAUUAACAAGUUAAUUGCAUUGGUUUUCAAUCGUAUAGAUAAAUUAUUAAAAUUAUACAGCAAUACAAUAUCCUGGUAUUAUUGUUAUAGACAUUAGACACUAUAUACUUAUUAGUUACUGAGUAUAUUCUCCCAUUCUAUGAUAAUAUGUUCAUUUUAUACGUUUAAUAAGGCAUAUCUUUUUCAUAAUAUUUAAACUCAAUGUAUACAUAAUAUAAUUUUUAAUGACGAUAAGUAAUAUUGUAAUUAAUUAUGUUACAAUUCAUUAUGCAAGGCGUACAUCGAGGGAAAAGGGACCUAAGCUUUUCAAUACUCAAUGCAAAGAAUUAUAUUUUAGUUUUAAUCAAAACCAAAUGAAUCUUGAUUUAAAUGGUCGUGUACUUUAUAAUGCAUUUGUCCCUCUUGGAUUUUCUUAGCUCUCGCAGGAAAUGUACACUCAUCAUAUUGUAUUAUACCAUCGUGAUUUGUUUAUUGUAAAUAUUAAUUUAUACUUUAUUUUUUAUAGCAUUUGUGUCGGUCGAGACCGGAGGCCCUAGCCGUACAAAAUGAAUGAAUUGGACUCAUUAAGGCAAGAGGCUGAAACGCUGAAAAAUGCCAUACGAGUAAGUAAAUGAAAAAAAUAAUAACAAUAACACCAAAAAUUGUUCUUUAGGUUAUUAUUUGUGAUUAGAAUUAGAAUAUCAUAAUAUACAUAUUAUAUGUUUAGUAUUUUCAUAUUAUAACCAAUAGAAGCAGUGUUCGAAUUGGAAAAACUGAAAAAUGUUUCAGUACCCGUAGAAUACUUCGUGUUUCCCUCAUACCCUACACAAUAAGAUAAUUAAAUAAUUAUUUUCACAACACAAAAUAUAAAAUACUUUAUCAUUAAUACCUAAAUUAAUCUUAUUAUUAUUGAACAGAAAAAACACUUAAGUUUUGAAAACAAAUAGAAAUUUAAGUUUAUCCCUAGCUUUUGGUCUGAUAAAAGCAGUCAGACAAUAGGAAAAUUAAAAGUCGUAAUUAUCUGUGAGGGAAUACUAACAAAAGUUACCUAUAUGAAACGUUUUUCGAUAUUUUUACUUUUUGUUCCCUUCGGAUUCAAAAGCUAAGCUAGAGAUAAACCGAAUUUUAAUUUUGAACAUCAAUAAUAAUCAACCAAUUUUGUUGUACGAAAGCGUUUCUGGGUUAAUUUAAUGAAGUAUUAUCGACAAAGAAAAUUACCAAAAAAUAUAUUUUUUUUACCCUUAUUAACUAAUUUUAAUCAUUUUUUUUUAUUACUAACCAAUUUAAUAUAAAUAUAUAUUUAAUUUUUAAACAAAUUGUUUCUUGUCCCUAACUUAUUCAAACUUAACUUUCCUGAAAAAGUUGUAUUUAGUCAUUACUCUGGUAUUAAACCGACAAUAUUAUAUACUUGUUUGUAUGUAUUUUAUAUGUAACAUAGAAAUAGAUAAUUAAUUUUUGUUUUGAUAUUUCAUAUAAUUUUAUCGCUUUAAUACUAUAUAAUCGCUUGAAUGCAUAUUGCCUGUAUAUAAUUAAAUACCCGUUAAGGUUUUGGAAGAUUUUGAAUUUAUUAUUUUAUUUUAUUUAUAUUUCUAACAAUUGCAGUGAAGCUGCUCAAAAUAGUUACGUUAAAAUUGUAUUUAAUUUUACACUUUGUAAGUGUACUUUUACUCUUUUCUUGUACAAGUAUAGGAGUGACGAAUUCAUAUUUAUUGAUUUACAAUUUCCCUCGGUGGGGUCUCUUAUACCUAUUAGUAAUUAUAUAUUUAUAUAGGUGUUUUUCAAUACGCUCUUCUGUUUAAAAAAUCAUGGCCAUUGAUUUUUGUUUUUUCUAAUAAAUUCAUAAAUCGAGCGUUUAAUACACGAAUUUUUCACUGCAAUAAUAAUGUUCGGCAUCAUUGAAUAAAUUAUUGUGUAUUUCGAUGAUGUAACAACACGAAUAUAUUAAUAUACAAUAAUUUUUUUAUCAAAACGUGAUUCAAUUGUGAAAUUCAUCAUACAUAUGGAACUAUGAUUAUUGAACCCGCAACAUAAACAAACAUAUAAGAAAACCGUUUUCAUGGCAAUGUCGAAAGUCCUAUCCGCCCGUUAUCUGAUUCCGUCGUAGGUGAUAUAAUUACGGUUCCGUAGAACGUUAUGUCUAUCAGGGACGGAUUGAGCAGUAGAGUUACCGACAAAAACUCGGCGGUCGCGAUCAAUUUUCUGUUUUUGGGCCGAUUAACAUGUAUAUAAAUAAAAUAUGUUAUCUAUAAUCAUUAUAAUCUUAGUCCUCUUAGCUUGGACAUCAUUCAAAAUAAACGUGGCCAAUAUUAUAAUAGGGCUGUAUCAAUGUAUUGUAUUCAGUGGAAUCCGUUUGUAGCUAUUUGUAAAUUCCCCCCCCCCAAAAAAAAAAAAAAAAAAAUAUAUAUAAAUACUCAAAUGAGAGCUGAGUCGCUUCAGAGUAAUAACUCGCGUGUUGUUGACGAAAAGUCGUCAAUGAUCAAACAACGUCGGAAACACGCCUAUUAUUAUCGUCGUCCACUGGCUUCUGGCGUCUCUGGUAGGAAAAACCCUCGCGCCCCGGUCGUCACCUCCCACCGAAAUUUGCAGUUUGGGCAAUACGCGCCGCCGCGGUAUAGGGUGUGUAAUAGGUUGAGAACGGGACCGCGAAAAUUAUUAUAAAAAGAGACCGUGUGAAAACUAAAUGACGAUAUAACAUAUUAUUUCCGUCGGAAAUGCGCACCGUCGUCGUCGCCGUCGAGUAUUCAUGCGAUCACGUGUUGCGCCGGGCAUGUCGUCGGCAGGCUCCGCUUGUCGCCGCCUUCGUCAUCGUCUCUCUCGUCGUAUAAUACACACAUUUUACACACGCUCUCGUACGCGAUAUGCGCAUGCUCGACUUUGUAUACAGAGUGAUCGAUCUUCAUCCGCGCGCCGCCAUUAUCUCGGAAUUUUCUAUCGGCGAAAUGGCUUAAGAUACGCGAUUCCCGUAAUAUUUUACAUCACUUUCGUCUCCCUCCUCCCCCCACCAAACACGCGCGCGUUCUUUUUAUUUUCACGGAUAUACCGCUUUUUAGUUUUGGUCAUUAACGGCGGCAUAACGAGCAGGCACUGCGGUGGUGCCUGUAUUUCGUCUACGGCUGCAAACGAUUACUUCCAAAACGCCGAACGCGAUUUCCGCCUAAAGUCUUAUCGUCAAUAUUUGCGGAAUUUCCCGAUGUAGAUUGCCGUUCGGAAAUCAAAGCGUGUCCGCGGCGGAUGAUCGAUCACUCUGUAUAAAACGGUUCGUAGUAUGUUUGUGCGCGCGCGGAGAGUUAGUUCGCCUACAUGAUGCGGCCAACGUACGCAGGUCUGCGGCGGCAUUAUAAUGUAUAUAAUGUUCACGCGUAUAUAUAUAUAUAUAUAUAUAUAAACACGGCGGCGUUGGCCAGCGCGCGCACACACGCACACGUCUACAAGUCGCGCCCGUUCCCGAAUCGAGCGGCGGCGGUAGUAGCGCCGUAGUGAGAGAGAGCGAGUGAGCGAGUGAGCGAGAGAGAGCUUUUGCAGCGGCGGCGGUAUAGGGUGUCACGCGAAGUGUAGGCGAAACGACGGUGGAAACAACGCGAAGGGGUCAUGCGAAAGCCGGCCGGCAGUCUCGCUCCCCCUCGGCCGCCGCCGCCGUCUCGCUCCUCAGGCCACACCUCUCUCACCGCAUCUGCAGUCUUGUACGCGGCGGCGGCGGCGGACCUCUUCUCCCUCACCGAACAUCGCCUGACCCUCUAUGCCGAUCCCUCCGCCGCCACCGCCGCCGACUAUCUAGCGUGCCCGUCGAUCAAUAUGGCGUUGUCGCCGCCGCCGCCUCCACCGCCGCCGUCUCGUGCGGGUGCGCCGCCGCUGCCGUUGUUUGACUUGCUGCACGACGAGGGAUCGUUCACACCGGCCAAUUCGCCCCGCCGGAAUAUAUAAUGAAAAAUGUUUAAAAGAAAGAAAAAACCACCGCAGGCUUAUUGGGUUUAAAAUUUUAAUUUCGAUCACGAGAUAAAUUUCAUCUUUUACUAUAAAAUCGGACCAAAGCCGUCGUCGGAUACAUUCGCUUAAUUUUCAUUCCGCAAUUAAUUAAUUUUUGUGCGUCACAUUAACAAAAAAAGGAUAAUGCCAACUCGGCACUCAGUAUAAUAAUCGAUAAGCCCCGUUGUACUAUCUCCCAAAAUUUCAAACGAUUUAACAAAAACGGUAUUCACAUAGUCUAGUUCUUCCCAGCAAUAAUAAUAAUUGAUAACAUAAUAACUAUCGCUUUGCUAGUGAAAUGUAAUUUUUCAAAUUGUGUACCAUCUCUAAUCUAACCAUUGAGUCAAUACUUUAACCUUUUAUUUCAUUAUUUCAGAAAAAUGAAAAUAAAUUGUUUGUUUUGAUUGCUAUAAUAUCUGUAUAAUAUUAUCAGGCACGGAUUAAGGGUUGUGGGGGCCCUGGGGCCCAUAUUAGUACGGAACCUACUGUAUUAAAAUGGAAAACUUAGCAAAAAAAAAAAAAAGUCAUCAAUUAAUUUGUAUACUCUUGAAACAAGGUAUUGUGUGUUUAAAUCUAACAAAUGAACAAAGUAAAAAAAAAAAAAAGGUUCUCAAAUAUUUAAUUCAACUCAUAAAAUGGUCUUUGUUGGUUCUAUUUCUCGUGGGCCUCCGCCCUUCCCCCUAAUCCGGGCCCGGGUAUUAUUGCAUAUAGAAUUUAUAACGAAAAUCAAUAAGAUUUCUACUAAGAACCUGGGCUUAAAUUGAAAAAAUAAAAGAAGUUUGCCUCUGAGACAUAAAAAAAUUAGAGUUUUAGCAAUGAUUAAACUUAACCAAACUUCUAGGUAAUAAGGUAAACCUUAAAUUUACGAGAAAAAAAAUAUUGAACUACUUGCCUCUCCCCAUUUCUUACACUGAUAAUAACUUGAGUAUAGAAUAUACAAGUAUUAUAUAAUAUAGGAAACCAUAAUUUUGAGUUAACUAGAUUAUUACCAAUUAUUAUUUUACUACUUAGGUAUAUAGAUUUUGAAUGAAUUUAUAGAAUUGCAUGAAUUAACAUAAACAAUUUAAUUUAAAUUUGACGCAGUAAUAAACUAUUUCUGAAAUACUAAAAUAAAACUUAAUUAAAACCAUAGCUGUUAUUUAAAUGCAUUGGAGAUACUUGCUUAAUAUAUUUUGGUGCAUGUACGCAAUGCAUAAUUUUAAUUAGUUUAUAUUUUAAUUUGUAUUCAAUCUUCUGGUCUUCAGAUAGAAACUUAUAAGGAUGCAACAUAUAUUCUUAUUAUAUUAAUAACAUACUAAAAAAAAAAAAACAUUUUUUUAUUUUAUUCAGAUAUAAAUUUAGUUUUAAGUUUAAUUUAUUACAAUUUUAAAGAAUAUCUAAUAUAUCAUUAGUAUUAGUAUAUUUUAUUUGUCUAUCCAAAGUUUGUUAAUCGUAUUAUUAUUUAAAUUAAUUUAAUAUAAAAUGUAAACUAGGUGUUAUACUUCAAAUAAAACAGUGAUAUUCAAACCAGGUUUAUUAAACAUUUUGAAUUUUAAUUGUAGGAUGCAAGAAAAGCAGCAUGCGACACAAGUUUGUCGCAGGCAACCACUAGUAUGGAACCGGUCGGCCGGAUACAAAUGCGAACUAGGCGUACCCUUCGUGGACAUCUCGCCAAAAUUUAUGCCAUGCAUUGGGGUUCUGACUCCAGGUAAUUAAAGUCUCUUUAGUGACAAUUUUAGUUUUAUUUUAUUUAUAAAUAUUUAUAAUUUUUAAAUACUUAUUUUUAAACUAAUUUUGCGUUAAACAAUAUUGUUUCAGAAAUCUAGUAUCAGCCUCACAAGAUGGAAAGCUUAUCGUAUGGGACAGUUAUACGACAAAUAAGGUACACGCCAUACCACUUAGAUCUAGCUGGGUAAUGACGUGUGCAUAUGCCCCAUCAGGCAGUUUUGUUGCUUGUGGUGGCUUAGACAACAUAUGUUCAAUUUAUAGGUACAUAACAUCAUAUUUUAUUGAAGCAAACUUAAUAAAGUAUCAUUAAUAAUUUAUUUUAAUAAUUUCAGUUUAAAAACAAGAGAAGGUAAUGUAAGAGUUAGCCGAGAACUGCCAGGGCACACAGGUUACCUAUCAUGUUGUAGAUUCCUUGAUGAUAACCAAAUUGUCACGAGCUCUGGAGAUAUGUCUUGGUAAAUAUUUGAGUCUUACAAUAUAAUAUUUUUUAAUUUCUUGGGAUUUCUAUAAUUUAUUCACCUACUAUCCAGUUAUUAGUAUCAAAGUUUGGAUCUAUCACUACUGUAGUAUCCAAAUUAUGAUAUGUUUUUUAAGAUUCAUCUACUGAUAACAUUUAAAGAAAAUGAAGUGUUACAUUUCUAACACACUUUACACUGUUUAUAUCAUUUAUUUCUUCAAUGCUAUUUUUAAUUAAUAAUUAUUGCCAUAUUUUAUAAUUAUUUAUUUCAACUAUAGAAAUACCAAUUUAUUAAACUAAACUUGUUUUUAGUGCAUUAUGGGACAUAGAAACUGGCCAACAGUGUUCAUCGUUCAUUGGACACACUGGUGAUGUUAUGUCACUCUCAAUGUCUCCAGAUAUGCGGACAUUUGUUUCAGGAGCUUGUGAUGCUUCAGCAAAAGUAAAUAAUUAAUUUUUUUCAAUUAAAGUUUUACUUAUUAUAUCUUACAUGUUAUAUAUUUGGUAUUAUUUACAUUAAUUUGAUAAUGUAUUAAUAAUAAUAAUAUUUAUUUAUUUAAAAGUAUUUGUAUAAACAAGUCAAUUAUAUACUGUUUUAAAAAAAUUUCAGUUAUGGGAUGUUCGAGAUGGAACAUGCAAACAGACGUUCCCAGGACAUGAAUCUGAUAUCAACGCAGUCACCGUAAUUAUUUGCGAUACAAUACAUUAUUUAACAUUUUUUAGGAAUUGUAUACUGAAGUGUAUAUUAUAAUAUACUACUUUAUCUUGUUGAAUUAAACAAUUUUACAUUAAGAAUACUUUAAUAAUAUUCUAAAAGUUAUUGCAAUGUGUACAUUUUUUUUUAUUACAUAAAAAGUUUAGUAUACAUAUAUAUAUAUAUAUAUUAAAAUUAAUAAUAUGUUUUUACUUCUAGUUUUUCCCGAAUGGCUAUGCUUUUGCUACUGGCUCAGACGAUGCUACCUGCCGUCUAUUUGAUAUUCGGUCUGACCAAGAACUAGCCAUGUACUCUCAUGAUAACAUCAUAUGCGGCAUAACAUCUGUAUCAUUUUCAAAAUCAGGACGUUUGUUAUUAGCAGGUUAUGAUGAUUUCAAUUGCAAUGUUUGGGACUCAAUGAAAGCUGAACGUGCUGGUUAGUAAAUUUUAAUUAAUUAAUGCAACUUAAAAAAAUAUAUAUAAGAAAACUAUAAGUACUAAUAUUUAUAUAGAUUUUAGGUAGGGCUUGAGUUUCAACCUGUUGCCAGAUACUCCCUACUAUGGCCACUAACUUUUAUUUUAUUUGUAAUUUGGUAUUCAAUAUUAUGGUUAUUGUUGUAUUUAUCUACAUCUGUAUUAAUUUAUUUACUAGGUAAUAUCAAUUAUUUCAAAAACAGUACAUUGCAUAAAAUUGCCAUUAGAUGGUCAUUUAUGGUUAAAUUUUUUUUCAACAACCAUAAAUAGAUUAAAUCAAGAAUUUAUAAAAACAAAUUCUUAAGAAUAUAGGUGGAGACUCUGUCCUACACAUAUUAAUUAAAUAUAAAGUGUAAGAUAAUAAAAUAAACUAAAAAUAAUAUAUUUAAAUAGUAGCGACUUCUUUGAUAUUAUUAAUAAAUUUUACAUUUAAUAGGUGGUUAUUAAUUCUUAGCUACUUGAUAAGUUCCAAGAGAAACAUUAAAUAUAUUAUUAGUUAAAUUAUUUAAUCUAAAAAUACCUAAACAAACAUAUUAAAUACUGGUAUAAAAAAAUCUUUUUCCAUUGUCAUCAAAUGUAAUUUAUUGAUACAAAUCGCAUUGGUACUUAAAAUGUACUAAAAUAACCUUAAAAUUCUAAUCACUAUACAUCAAAUAUUCGCUGAUAUGAUAACAAAAAUUAUUUUAAAUUUUUAAUUUACAAUUAAUGUUGUUAAAAUGUUGUUAAAUAGAAAAAUGUAUUUUUAUAUAUUGAAUUUAUGUUGUGAGUACAUUAAUGUUUAUUAAUAAUAUUUACUAUUUUAUUAAAACAUAAAUAUUGUAAGUUUUUAAUAUAUUAAAAAUAAGAUGCCCAGUAAAAUAGCAUUAUAAAUGAAAAAUAUGUUUGAUUCAAAAACUUUUAUUUUAUUUUAGGUAUAUUGGCUGGUCAUGACAACCGUGUCAGUUGUCUUGGAGUGACUGAAGAUGGCAUGGCUGUAGCUACUGGCUCUUGGGAUAGCUUUUUACGUAUUUGGAACUGAGUUGGCCCUCUGAUGAGACCUAUGAAGCCAAACGGUCCCUGAAUUACAAACCUCCCACAAUACAAAAUAAAUAUAUACAAAUAAAACAAAAAAAAAAAAAACCCAAAUAAAGUAAAAAAAAACAGUUCAAACAUUUUUUUCUCAACGGGGGACCACUCACGCGAAAUGAAAUGUUUUGUUUUAUUCACUUUAAGUAAUCUCUAAGUUGCAUUAUUCAAAAUCAAAUACCACCCGACAUGAAGGUCUUCCGUUUGCGCAUUUUGGGACAAGUGUCCGCGGCUGUUUAGGUGCUCAAAAAAACAAAACCGUGGCAACACAAACUAUCUAUGGAAACGUAGCCUUUACAAUUAUAUUUACAACAUAAUAUACAGAUGUAUAUACAACAUAUAU